AUGUGUUACCAUUUCAAGACGUUCGUUACUCACGGCUCUCCAUAAACUCGAAUUUCGAUCUCAGUCCGUUGAAGGCGUUAUAAACAAUAUGCUGUUCCUCUCAGGCUCUCCGAUUCGUGAUUUCCCCUAAAUCUCUGCCAUGGAAGCGGGACGCCCCCACCACCAAUUCGAGCAUCAUCUCAUAUGCCUCUACACGAGCCUAUUGCGCUCGGCAUGACACUUGGCGUGGAACUCGCGCAAGAACAAUUAGAUCUGCACCGCUGGGCAGCUGAAUUAAGGACUGACGACUUGGUGAUGCCUUGUAUACGCGGAGGCGGAGGGUGGUUUGGUGAAAUGUGGCGUGGAAAUGCGGCCCACCAAGUCGAUAGAGGCACUAUGGCAGUGGAACAAUUAAGAAUGGACGCCUGGAGGAGUUCCGCUGGGUCCGAAAGGCGUAGUGAGAUUUAUGGUUCGUGCCCAGGGGCUAUUAUAUCAGAGAUAAUAGCCGAGGGGGAGGUCAUGGUGACAUCGGAACCAAUUCGCUCACUUGAUCUUUCCUCAACAAGCUGCCCGGAACGUUCCUUAGGGAAUGCGAAGGGGCGUCGCGUACUAUCGUGCAACGACGAAGUCAUAACAGAGAAUCCAAUUUAUGGUAGUGAAAACGACAAAGUAUUCUUUUUCAACUAUGUGAAGGGGUAUUUCCUCUGCCUCCGAAUGCCUUCAUGGGCGUCGGCGACAAUGCUCCUGGGUUGGUUCGACUCUGAUGUGAUGUCAUUUUCGGAUAGAAUUGCGAUUCAUUCAAGCUCCGAGAGAAGCUCAAGAGGGAAUGCGCGUGAUCCCAAUUUCGGAACAGUGAUCCAACUAUCGAACCUUUAUCGAUCGCUGUUUCCUUUCACCCCAUCCUCAUCACCUUUUUACCAACUAUAUGGCCAUCUCUCUGAUCCUGUCCGGGUCUUCACCGUUUCCAGCGAUUGUUCUGGACACAAUUCCGUUGAGUGAGAAUUUAGUCAAUGCUCGAACGGUCAUGGAAGCUGUUCGCAAUGGUGUUGUGAAAUAUGUGGCGCUUCUCCACCGAUGGCCGUUAUGCAGCCCUCGGUUUUGGUAAUGGUAUUAUCGAGGGAAACGCCAGCCCCUAGACAUGGUAGGCCCACUGGCCUUCUCCCUACUGGAACGCUAGCGUCGUAUCAUGGAUAUUUGUCGUACGAGCCCCACGGAAGAUUGACAAGCCUUGGUACGACGUCAACACGUCUACACAACCCUUACAUCUGCUUCAGACAAUCCGCACGUCUAGCUCCUCGGUUCUCCUCCUUCCGGCCCCUCCAUUCCAUCCUUCCGCUCAAAUUCUUUGUUAGCCAUCCCUCAUCACCGCACGGUUGGGAUUUCUCC